UAGACUCCCACACCUGUAGUUUAGCAGCGAGGCCCAGCUUUCUUGCUGCAUUUUCAUCGAAAUGACACUGGUUGACAACCCUGCACUCGGGAAAACAGACGACACUCGAGCUUGUUGUACCGCGAACAUUCAAGGGAUAUCGGUCACAUUUUAUGGCUAUAUUAAUUACCGCCAAAAAUACUUACCUCGCGUAAAAGGGAGGAAGGAGCGAGGGAGAUUGGUGAAGACGAAGACGAAAAAAUGAGGGAGUGAUAACUAAUCCGUAAUGUAAAUCUUUCCAUUGUGCGUUAUAAUAUUUCACACAUGAUACACAGAAGAAACUGGCUGCUCUUUAGUUAUUCCUUGCUCCUCGCUCUAGCUGAACUUCCCGUUUUCUCCUUCCCUAUUUCUUUCCUCCCCUGCCCUAUCUCCUUCAUGGUUGAGGAAAGGGAGCUGAGGUGCCAAGUUUUGGUGGGUGAGGCACUGAGGGGUCCGCCAGCCGCGUGGCGUGCCGGCCCCAGUGCCACCGCUGCCCCCUUGUGCCCAGUUGGCGCCCCGCAUCCACUUCUCUCGCUCACGGAAAAUGUAACGGGUCGAGAUUCAGCUAGUUUCGUUGUUGCUGGAGACCGGGAGGAAGAGGAAGGCGAGAGCGGCGUGCCCCCUCGGCCUUUAUGAAGAUACCUCGGUGACAGAAACUGUGUUGACAGAAGAAUAUUUGAAUACUGACAACUGCAGGGAAGAGACGUGUGUGUUGGAAGUCAACCAGAAGUGAAUUAGAGAUUAGAAAUUUUACUCAAAAUUUGACUCGGAAGAAAAGACCAUAUUAUAUGUGUGUGAAAUUAUAUAUCCAAUGAAUAAUAAGUAGAGUGUAAACUAGCAAAAAAGAAGUAAAGAAAAAAAAAAGAAAGAAAGAAAAAAUUACAAUGACAUCUUUUUGCCGUAUCACCGGGCACGCCCGGAAUCUCCCCAAGCCUUGUUACUUCCCUCUGCUGCCGCCCAUUUCGCCCGCCGACGCUAAAAAGCUAUGCAGAAUCACGGGGAAAGCAUCGACUAUACACUCCUUUUCCCCCCUCGUUUCCUUUGGUAAACCAGUGAGGUUUGAUGGCACAGAAGGCUGUAGAAUAACAAAAUUUGAGGACUUCCAGUACAUGAGCCUCAUAUUUGAAAAAACAAAAGACAAUGAGAAAACAUUUGAUGACCUUGAUGAUGUGCUUAGAAAAAUGAAAAAUAAACGUAAGAAACAGGUGGAAAAGGACCAUGAAUUUGUCUACCACUCAUCGGAGAUGAAGUCCAGCAUCAUCUUCCCGCCGGAAAUGGAGGAGGCGAUUCGAACGGGCGAGUUGGAAAGCGUAUCCAUGAGUAAAGAUCAUAAAUUCGUCAACAUCAAAAUCAAACAAGGGCGGGUCGUUAAAAUAAAUCUUAAGAAGCUUCAGUUAUCAGAAGUUAAUCAUCGUCAAGACCUGUACUUCGGCAGGGGGCAAAACCAGGACGUUCUUGAGCAACAACAAGAACUUCUCAAUGAAAGGAAUAAAAGGAAAGCCAAUACGAUGGCUAGGAAAAAACGCUUUGAAGCACUCGAUGCAAAAGCAGAGGCCGAAGAAUUGAGAGAUACUGUUAAACCUGCUUAUAACAAGCCAAGAGUUAAAUUCAAUGCUAAACAACGAGCCGAAAAAUUAGCAAAGAUGGAAGCUAUGAUGAGAGAACAAGCAACUAAUAAGUCUAUUGUUCUUCCUAAAGUUGACACAACACAUGCACGUGAUGAAGAAUUGCAAUAUGAGAGGAUGUUGCAUGAUAUUUCAUUGGCUUGCAGGACUUCAGUAAAUCUCACAAUAUGUUCCUCUGGGUAUGACUGGCUCGAAGCUCAAGAAGCUAACCAAGCUUUUAAUUGGUUAGAUUUUCCCCAGGAAGAAUUGAUUGAUCCUGUUGAAGUUGAAACAACUAAUUUCAAAGCAGAAGAAGCAGCAGUUAGGGAUGAUAUAUCAAAUCUUGACAUUGUUGUUUCAAUUGAGACUAUUCAGCCUGCAAAACCAACAUCUCAGAACAUAGUUGAAGCAGUGUUCAAGCUAAAGGAUGAAAAGGUCCUGAAGUUAACUGAAGAUGUCAAUGGUGUCCUUAAAACUGUCAAAGAUGAAGCUGAUAUUCCAUCUUUUGCCGAAAUCAGUCAAAUAACUUCUUUCAUGGAAAAAGCAGAAGUUGGAUAUAUGGUUGAAAAUGCUAAAGGAGCACAGUUUGUUACAAAAGAAGAGUAUAUUGUGAGUGAAGCUAAGGCUGUGUCAGGCGCCAUGAUAGAGCUAAAUGAUAAGAAGAAGUUUGUUACUGGCCAAGUAGUCAACCUCGGUGACCAAGAAUCAUUUGUGGCUGGUCAGACAAUUGAAACGCCGGCAGGCAAGAAAUUUGUUCCAGGUCAAACAGUCUUGGACAAAAAGGGUGAAAUCAAGUUUGUUCCUGGUCAGUGUAUAGAGAAAAGUGACGAGAGCAUCGAGUUCGUUGCUGGCCAGAUAUUUAACACUGAAAAUGGUCCUCAAUUUAUACCUGGUCAGAUGAUGGACAAAGGUGACGGCAGGGAAGUGUUCGUGUCUGGUCAAACUAUACACACUGAAGAAGGUCCCAAGUUCAGCCCUGGUGAGGUAACUGUCAAUGUAUAUGGAGAAGACGUUUUUGUUCCUGGAUUGGCUAUGCCAACAGAAGAGGGUGAAAAGUUUGUUGCUGGCCAAGUCUUCCAAACAGAGGAAGGAGUCAGCUUCAAGCCAGGUCAAAUUUUAGACACGGUCGAGGGUCCAUCAUUCGUUCCUGGUAAAACAUUUAAUACUCCUGAAGGUAAAAAAUUCAUCAAGGGCGACAUGGUACAAGGUGAAGAUGGCCAUUUGAAAUUCGAACACACUCCAUUUGAAGUUCCAAAGAUCAGUGAAUGGCUUGUGAUUCCAAACAAGGAACUUCAGCCAGUUGCUGUUGCAGAUACAAGCGUAGCUGGAUUUAUUGUUAAUCCAACAAAUAUGACAGCUAUUCAGUUUGGAGAAAAACUAUACGGUGACAUGGUAGAGACUCAAGACACAGUCCAAUUCUAUGUUCUUGGCAAACUGCCUGAGAGCAUCUCCCCUGAAUCAAAGGUAAUUCCAGGCCAACUUAUUGCCUCUGAGAACGACCAAAGAUUUGUUCCAGGAAAACUUAUGAAUACAGCAGAUGGUGAAAAAUUCGUUCCCGGUCAAGUUGUGAAUACAACCCAUGGCGAAGAAUUCAUACCAGGUCAGAUUGUGGAAAGUACAGAAGGACCUAAAUUCAUACCAGGACAACUUGUCAUGACAUCCCAGGGUGAAAAGUUUGUACCAGGUCAGGUCAUCAUAGAGGAAGAAGGCCCAAAAUUUGUUCCUGGACAGAUCAUACAGACAAAGAAUGGUGCCACAUUCAUUCCAGGUCAAAUGAUGAACACAGAUGAGGGUCAGCUGUUUGUGCCAGGUCAGUUAGUUGAGACAAACGAUGGACCAAGGUUUGUUCCAGGACAGGUUGUUGAGAGUCCAGAGGGUCCAAGGUUCAUUCCUGGUACAAUUAUCGAAACUGAUGAAGGGCUGAAGUAUGUUCCUCCAGAUGCAGAUGAAUACGAUGAAGAGUUUGAGUUCUCUUUCCAGGGCUUCGAAGUAAGUGCUGAAGAACUGAAGCUUCUGAUGACCAACCCCGUUCAUGCUCGCCCCCACUCUUCCAUCCUGAAUGACGAGUGUCUAAUUGACACAGCUACCCUGAAGAAGUUAGCUGACACUGUGGUGGUUCACGGGGUAACACCUGAACCUCCACCUCCCGAAAAGAAAAAGAAGAAAAGGGCGCGAGUACAAAUAGAUGCAGAUGAUACUGAGAAGAUGGAGAUUGAUGAAACUGAUGAAGGUAUAGAUAAGUUAGAGGUGCUUCAAAUGCUUCUGAAGGCUUCGUCUUGCAUUAGUGAAACUAUCAAGGCCAAGGAGAUGAAGAAAUUGUCUAAACAGCUUGGUGACAAGGAACAUGAAUCAUUCUCCUCGGUCCAAGUUGACGCAAUGGCUCGCAUUUUGGGUACAGUUAAUGGGACCGGGGAUUCCUUCCGAGCCUUCUUUGGUGAUGAUGAACUUCUUAUUAGCACAAUCUUGGAGAACAUUGGUGACAUCGAUAACCUUAUCAGAAAUGAUCAGGCCAAGAAAACCCUUCAAACUUCUAUUCAAACAAUUGUUACCAAUCGUUGUGACCAAGAGAUUGAUGACAUCAUUCACCUUCUUAAUAUUAAUCCUGACUAUCUGCUGACAGACACUCGGACACAGAUCUUGCUCACCGAAGCUGUUGGCAUUGUAUGCGUUACUGGUAAUGUGGAAGUGGCCUCGAUGCUGGAGAAGUUUAUUUCAGAGCCUUCAGAUCCCAAUGAACUGCGCAACAAUAAGGAUGUGGUUUCAGUAUUACGCCAACUUAUUGUACUUCACCAGAUGUCAGACCGUGACCCAGAGGUCAGCAGAAUCCUCCAGGUGUUGCAAACUAACCCCGAAGGAGUUAAGGACCGCAGGAAAGUUCGACAGUUGCUAAAGAGUACGAAACUACUUCUCAAAAGCUCGAAAGACGAAAGUACUGUCACUAAAUUCGACAUCCGCCAUGUCGCCUCUUCCAAAGAUAUUCCCACUGAAAUUUUCGAGCAAAUCAAAGAAGACCGGAAGGAAGCCGACAAGUUCCUCAAGAUGCUUCCCGACGAACUCUUCCAAGCCAUCAUGAAGGACAAGCGGUGCGGAGACCGUCUCCUGGAAUCCCUGGACUCCGAGAAGGCGGGCCGAGCCAAAGGCGACUUGGAGAAAUUCAAGAGCGGAAUGGCCAUUGUGGUCACGAAGGAGAAAAUGCAGGCGGUCAUUCCCCGAGAAUUCGCCCGUUCUGUCUGCUACGGUAUUAUGCCGUACAUUCUCAUCGACGAAGAAGGUUUCAAGUUCUUCGAGCGAGGACUGACAGGCAGGAAGCUUGCGCCGGCCAGAGUGAUUGAGAACACGUGGUACAUGCCCGACUCGUACUACCUCACGAAACCGUCAUUUGAG